AUGGGAUACGCACAUGAUGGCAGAUUACUGCUGGAGUUUAAAAAGGGAUUGUCCCAUAAUAUAUUCAAGAAUGUCACGGAAAAGAAGCUUCCAAAGUGUUCAUUUGUGAUUAGUACCUUAAAUGAAAUAGUUUAUUUUAUAUUAUGUAAAAAUGUGACAGAAGGCUAUAAUGGUACUGUUUUCGCCUACGGCCAAACAGGUUGUGGAAAGUCCUUUACAAUGCAAGGCAUUACACAUCCAGCAAGCCAAAAGGGAAUAAUACCAAGAGCCUUUGAGCAUAUUUUUGAAGCUAUAGCUACAACUGAAAAUACAAAAUUCUUAGUCCAUGCUUCCUAUUUAGAAAUUUAUAAUGAAGAAAUAAGAGAUUUAUUAGGUAAAGAAACAAAAAAAAAGUUAGAGCUUAAAGAACACCCUGACAAAGGUGUUUAUGUGCCUGGUCUUUCAUUGCAUCCUGUUCACAAUACCAAAGAGUGUGAAGAAGUUAUGGAAAUAGGCUGGAAAAACCGUUCGGUGGGAGCUACUCUGAUGAAUGCUGAUUCAUCUAGAAGCCAUUCAAUAUUUACAAUUCAUUUAGAAAUGCUGGAAUUAGAAAAUUCAGGAGAUCUUAUUAAGCAGGGCAAGCUCAACUUAGUGGAUUUAGCUGGAAGUGAAAGACAAGCCAAAACUGGAGCAACAGGUGAUCGUUUGAAAGAAGCCACAAAAAUUAAUUUAUCUUUAUCUGCUCUGGGAAAUGUGAUUUCUGCUUUAGUUGAUGGAAAAUCUAAACAUAUACCUUACAGGGACUCUAAGCUUACUCGGCUACUUCAAGACUCUUUAGGUGGUAAUACAAAAACUUUAAUGGUAGCGUGUCUUUCACCCGCUGAUAAUAACUAUGAUGAAACAUUAAGCACUCUAAGAUAUGCCAAUAGAGCGAAAAAUAUUACGAACAAGCCAAAGAUCAAUGAAGAUCCUAAAGAUGCCUUGCUUCGAGAGUACCAAGCUGAAAUUAAUCGGCUUAAAGACAUGUUGAAUGGCCAAAUUACGGGUUUAAAUGGUAAUAGUAUAUUGUAUCAUGCUGAUAAUGCUGUAGAAAAAAUUCAAAAGGAGUUUGAUGAUAAGAUGCAGGAUUUGUACAACAAGUACCAAAAGGAGCAAGAAAAUAAUGCACGAUUACAAAGUGAUGUUGAGAGAUUGAAAACAUCUUAUGAACAAGCUCUUUUGAAACUCAAUUCAAAAAUUUCAUCAAAUGAGGAUGAUGUUGAAACAAUUGAAAUUCCUUCUUCACCCACUGCAGGUAAAACACAAAAUGGUCAUAUCUCUGUGCCAAAUGGAAUUACGAAGUCUCCUAUACCAGCAAGCUCACCUCAGGUUAUGGCGCAAAUUCAAGCUCAAGCCUUAGAAAGGUUACAAGAACUUGAGGAACAGAUGGUUGGAGGAGAGAAAGCUCAUGACCGAGAAUUGAAGGAAAAAAGAGCCAAGAGGAAAAAGGUUGCUGAAAAGAGAAUUAAAUCAAUAGCAGAAGCUCUAUCUAAAGUUGAUGAAGAUGAUACAGCUAUGUUGAAAGUGUAUGAUGAUAUACAUGAGGAAUUGAGGAUAAAAACGCAGUUGCUCAAAAAAGCUAAGAAAAAAAUUCAUGCAUUAGACCAAGAAGUGAGAGAUUUGCAGAGUGAGUUUGAAACUGAAAGAACCGAUUAUUUAGAGACAAUUCGAAAACAAGAUCAACAAAUUAAACUACUAACGCAAAUCAUUGACAAAAUUCAACCGUGUAUCAGGAGGGAUUGCAAUUAUUCUAAUAUUGAAAAAAUCAAAAGUGAAAGUGCAUGGGAUGAAGACUAUCAAAAGUGGAGGAUCCCUGAAUUGGUUGUACAGAAAACAAAGUUGCCAACACCUGGAGUGCAAGUGGGUGGCAGACCUGCUGCUUCUCCGGAGCGUAGAAUAAAGCAAAACCGUUCUGCAUCAAGUGUAAAAGAAUACUUUGAAGAAAUAUCCGAAGAUAAAUUUUUUAGAAAGCUAGAGCGAGGGGAAGAAGAAGACAUUGCUGGUACAUAUUUUAAGCCUAGACGACAAGAGCAGCUGCUUAGUAAGUUCAAGGAGACAGCACACAGAGUGGGUUCCACGAAAGAAACACUGAAUCUCAUGAAUGGCACGAAUAACAGUUUUGUGAAAGAAAAUAAUGCGAUCAACGCUUUGAACUCAAUUAACCUCAAUAACACAUCAACAAGUUUAAACAGCACUGUGAAUGGUUCAGUACCACUAAUACAGCCUUCCAGCCAAGAGUCAACUCUAACUUACCGCAAACCAACGAAACUCGAAGCCUUGCCCAAUGGUGGGGACAUGUACAAAAGGGGCAAGAGAAAAAUAAGGACAAAUGUAGGGUCUAUGGAAUGGCCAAUCUGACGGCAGCCGUCCCCCAGUGAACCACAGCACAGUGAGUACAGGGUGCUUCGAUC